AUGUUUAUUGGCAAAAUCACAUUUACUCGACUUGUGCUGUCACUUUGUCAAGAGAAAGACAACCGGGAGCUGGCCGUGGUUGUGGCUGUUGUAAAUUCCGAAUUGCCGGGUAUUGGCGAGUUCGUUUUGACCCACUUGGUUCAGCUAUUCAAGGAAAAUGUUAAAAGCUCGCUCAAUGUCGCAUUGUUUGUCGCUGACCUGUAUAAUCACGGCAUGGCCCGCUUGGAGCUGGUUGCGCAAAUGAUUUUACUAUUGCGGUACUUUGAGGUGCCUGACACGAUCAAAGUGCUUGCCAGAGUUCACCAAAAGACCGAUGUUAGGGAUUAUUUGGAGGAAAAAGUGGGUGUGCCUGUUUAUGAUGCGUUUGAUCUGGAUUUAGUUAUGGACAAGUACAAGCAUCGGCACCAUCUGGACAUUGAUGCGAGUGCCGAGCCUCUAUCCAAGCACGAACAUGAAUGGCUCGAUGCAGAAAAAUGGGCGGAUAUCCAACAACUAAUUCUUGGCCUUCCAAAGCCCGAAGACGAGCCUGUUCAGCAGGAGGUGCUGCGAGAGGCACCCGCUCAAGCGGCUGAGACUCAACACAUUGUUGACAUGACACAAAAUGAGGACGUUGAUUUCAAAAAACAAGUCUACUUGGUGGUAAUGUCUGCUCUAAGCGCCGAGGAGGCCACACACAAGGUGCUGCGGAUGCGGAAGAACGCACGCGCGGUCGUGAGCGUACUGAUUGAGAUGGCCCGGCGUGAGAAAAUCAGCAAUCCGAUGUAUGGCAAUAUUGGCUAUCGGCUGUGCCGGUUAGUUGAUCAAGACUGGCGCUUGAGUUUCGAAGAGGAGUUUGCCGAACAGUACAACCAGAUGCAGGAGUACGAGACGAACCAGAUCCGAAAUAUCGGGACUCUGUACGGCUACCUACUCGCCUCGGACUCACUGGACUGGCAAUGUCUCGCGGCCGUUAAUUUGACCAUUGACGGAAGCACCCCGUCGACGCGAAUUUUCCUGCAAUCGGUUUUCGAGGAGAUGCGCAGUGAAAUGGGCAUGGAAGCGGUAGUUCGCCGACUCAAGGAGCCCGAUCUGGCGGCCAUUGGGAUCUUCCCCGAGGCCCUGGACGAUAAAAAGUUUGCCAGGGACUUUUUCAGAGCGAUUAAUAUGGCUCCAAUUGCUGAUUUACUUCGUGCCCGGAUAAACGCGGCUUCUGCAUGA